GAAAGCGGAGAGACGGUUCGGUGACGGGGGCGUCGGGGCGGAGGCCGCGGUGGCAAAGGGCGAUGAGGAGGGAGAUGGGAACCCCAGUUCCUCCUCGCCGCCGCUUCCGCUAGACGGGAAGUCGGGAUACGUUAGGGGUUUCGGCCUACCCCAACCCGGCCCGGCCCGGGCGAUUUGUACUUGAGUCGCUCUCCAAACCAAAUUGGACCGUAAACUCGACCCAAAAACCUUUAAACCCUAAUCCGACAUUGCCAUUCGAAAGCUUCUCGGAUCGAAGAGGAACGAGAGGGAAGCGGGUUUAUCUUCCAAUCUUUUUCUAGGGGUCGUUCUGUGAUCAAUCGAAGGAGAGAUAGAUAUUGGGAGAGAGAUGAAGUCGGUGGUGGGGAUUGUGGUGUCGAAUAAGAUGCAGAAAUCGGUGGUGGUGGCGGUGGAUCGGCUGUUCCACCACAAGGUCUACAACCGCUACGUCAAGCGCACCAGCAAGUUCAUGGCCCACGACGAGAACAACGACUGCAACAUCGGCGACCGAGUUAGACUGGAUCCAUCGAGGCCUCUGAGCAAACAAAAGCACUGGGUUGUUGCAGAGAUUCUUCGAAGAGCUAAAAUCUACAUUCCUCCAUCACCAACAGCUCCUUCUCCUGGCAGACCUGCUGAGGAUCUCAAAUCAGCUGAGGCUAUUCCUUCAUCCUCCUAAUGUCUCAAAAAUGGCAAGAGAAUUUCAGUUAUUUUGUCAAUUGGCUAAAUGUUUGACCCCAUCCAAUGGCCGGAACCUUGUUGUUUUGUAAUGUCACUACAGAUAAAGAAGCAGAAACUACCUUUUUUCCUCUUUCUUUUCUUGUUAUUGUUCUUUAGCUUCCAUCCUCUGCCUUUUUUUUUUCAACUGCUUUUCAAUUUCAAAUAUGUUGCUGCCAUGGUGGACAAACUUUUGUUGCUUAAUGUUAUUAAAUGGAUCUUUCCGCUCGUUGCAGGGACUGAGCUGA